ACACCGAAAGGAGAAAAACGACGGGAGCGUGAAUGAGCGAAGGGAGAAAGAGGAGCGAGCGGGAGCCGAGCGGAACGUCCCGGCCAUGGCACGGCGGGCCGGGGGCCGCGGGGGGCACCGCCUGCUGCUGGGGCUGUGGCUGGUGCUGUGCGGGAUGCGCGGCGGCAGCGCCCAGUACCCGCAAUACUCCCGCGGGGCGGGCCGGCCCCUCAGCUGGGGCCCGGCGGCGGCCUGCAGCCCUCGCUGCCUGCAUGGCGGGCUGUGCCUCGGCAACGGCACCUGCCUCUGCUCCAAGGGCUACGAGGGCGAGCUCUGCCAGCACGCAACAUGUUAUCCAAAAUGCAAAAAUGGUGGAGAGUGCCUGAGACCUGGAAAAUGCCGAUGUCCACCUGGCUAUGGGGGCAGAUACUGUCAUAAGGUAAGCUGUGAAGGAGGCUGUCAAAAUGGCGGGGAAUGCAUCUCUGUCAAUGGGGUUGUGAAGUGCCUUUGUGCUUCUGGCUGGACAGGAUCAAGGUGCCAGGAAGCAAUUUGCCCUCAAGGUUGCCGGAAUAAUGGAGCUUGUGUGGCUCCUGGGAUUUGUAGCUGUCCAGCUGGAUGGGUCGGUGGAGCAUGUCACUUAGCUGUAUGUAAACUACCUUGUCAACAUGGAGGAAAAUGCAUAGCUCCGAACGUGUGCAGAUGUCGACUGCCCUACUCUGGUCUACAGUGCACAAAGAAAAGAAAGGAAUGAAACAGCUUCAGCAAAGAUAAGCUGUAAUUUCUUGUAACUCUUCAUGCAGAGAUAAAAUCUGAGGGAAGAGAUAGGGAGGAACUUAAGUGGUAAUUAGUUGAAGUCAGGUAGCUUUUUGUCUUUAGUAUUCUGAGUAAAUUCAUUUCUCUAUGGAAAGAGAAGUAUUGCUGAUAGUAAUAAAGCUGUUAAAAAUAUCCAACUGUGUGUAGUGUAUGAUGCACUCUACUGUAUGUGUAGUAUAUGUUUUUCUGCUGUUCUCACUUUUCUUCGUAAGCAGAGCUAUUAUGUCGUGGUUGAUAGAGCUGAACUUGAAGUAAAACUUACUCUUCCAAUAAAAUACUUCAGAUCGGAUGUGUGCUCUUCUAUUUGAUUAUUUAUUUUUCAGACUGGAAUUGUGGUGUUUUAUUAGCAAUGUGCUUUUUCAAAAAGCACGUGAAACAAAACCUCCUUAAUUCAGAUUAUAAGAAGGGGUUGUUAGUGCAAGUAUAACUUACUUUAGUUAAGAUGACACAGUUGAAAAAGAAGCAUGAAGUUUGCUGAUGUUUCAGAAAGAUGCAAACUGCAAGGCAUCUUAUAAAAAUCCUGAUUAUUGAUUUGUGUAUACUUCCUGCCCCUCACUACAAUCAGAUUUGAUCUUCAUCAGUUAAGCUUUAUUUAAAAAAAAAAAAAAAAAAAAAAAAAAAUACACAUUAAGACAGUUCUACUGUUACCUUCUAAAAGCUUAAUCCAUGCUAAUACCCUAAAAGAGUCCUUAUCUUGACCACUCUUACAACUGUAGUAUCUGAUCAUUUCUCUGCUUCCAAUUUAUUUCUUUUCCUUAUCCAAGUAAGAUAGGGGAAGUCUUUAUCUUCCUUACAGAGAUGUAGGCAUUGAUGAUUCACGUUCAAGAUUGUGUCUGCAGGAGCAACAUAAUGGGGAUCUAUUGGCCUGCAGUGAGGAUGAGCCCUUCUUGCUGCACAUCACCUGCAUAGAGGAUGCUGAGGCUUCCCUCCUGGGCAUUUUGGCCUCAUUUGGGUUUUGCAAAACCAAAAAGCCUUCUGAGAAGAUUGCAGAUCUGAUUGAGACUUCAACAACCACUGUGCUGUGUUUUGUCUGUCCUAUUUCUUGAAAGCUACAGCACAGGAAAGCUUUGCCAAAACACGCAAGUUGAACCAGGCCAAACAUGGUAUCCCUGUCCAAGGGAAAAUGAAGGCUGCAUUUUUCCAGGGAUAACAAACUGACAAACAUUGACUGGAAAUAAAAGAAAUGGGGCAUUCAUGUUUACCAAACUUGUCUAGAACAGAAACAAAGCAUAGUGAAGACAGAUGGAAGACAUUAAAUGGUAUAUUUAUAAGGCUGCUAUUUUCUUUUAUGAAGUAGUUGCUGCUCUGUGUAGUUGAGAAGCCUUUCUCCACCCUUGCUUCAGAGGCUGUUGUAACUAGUUCACUUGAAACCUGCUAGAUGCUUUUCUUAUGGAUGAUUUGCUGCCGUGAACGUGGGACAGAACGAGAGGAAUGUAUUUUUUUGGUGCUUUUACUGUGAUGCACUGAAUGUUUCAGACAUGCUGGUUAAAAAAAAAAAAAAAGUGGUUUUCACAGAUGGAACAAGAUGACUUCAUCAAUACUACUUGAAGAGGUUUUAUGACAGUGAAAUUCUGUAUCUGUAUCACAGCUUGCUAUGAUAAUCAAGCAAAACUUUAGUAAUUCAGAAGUGAAGCUGAAUACCUUAGAUGAAAUGCUAGUUGCAGGGCAGUCAAUGAAAGAAAUAAAUGGCAUCAGCCCCAAGAUUUCAGAGAAAGUGAGUAGAAAUAUGUAAAUGUAAAGAUAUCUCAGCAUUGUUCUUGGAAAGCCUGACUAUCAGUAGAGAAGCCAAACGUGAGAGUAGUAAUUAGAACCUAAGAGACAUAUUAUAGGCAUAUACCACAAAGGCCUAUGAAGCAGACCUGUAAUUGGUGUGUCUGAGCAGGUGAGAACAACUGCUAAUUUAAAUAGUUACCUUUUUAGAAAUAGUUAAAAUGGAUAAAGCAGUAAUUUGAUGAACACAUCAGAAGUGAUGGCAUAUUUUAGAAACGGCUUGGAUGCAGCACCAUCUACUGGCUGAAGAGUUUGCUGUGUUGUUUUUUUUUUUUCCUGUUUUUAAGAAAAUCCACUUAAAUCUGCACAAUAUUUUUAGUAAAUGUCCUCGUUAUUUCAAAGUCGAGCAUAAUCAUAAUGUAUUAUAAAUGAGAUCCAAAUGAUUGUUUCCAGAGUUGCACAUAAAUCUACUUAAAGAGCUGUCAGUGUUUAUUCUCUUUUGUUUGUUUCUCCAUUCCCUUCCACUCGCUGGAAGGCUGAACAUGCUUGCCAGUUACAGCACGCUGUUUUGGGGGCUAGAUGUAUCUUCCAAUGAAAAGGUAAUUUUGCAUACAGAACAAGUUAUUUUUUUUAUUAGAGCUAAGCAUACCACCUUGUAUGGAUGUUUUGAUUCUUAUUAAAAUGACUGAGAAAAUUGUAAGGAAGGUGCAUUGGUUGUAUUUCUAUUAUUCUGUCAUUUUAAAGGUACACAUGGAAGGGUUUGUUUCUUAUGUAAUGUAUAAUUUACCAUCUAAAUUUUAUAUUCCACAAUCAGUGGUUGUACCAAGAAUGGAGUUACUUGGUUCACUGCAAUCAAAUAUUUUUUUUCUAAACUGAGCUGUGAUGAGAAGUUGAAUAAAUUAACACAACUAUGCCACGUGCUGCCCUCUUAGAAGAGAAACAGCAUAAAUCUCUUCAGUCAUUGAAAACCUCUUCUAACCUACAUGAUUCUGUAUGUGUACCCUGGUGUUAAUGCUUAACUGAGAAUUUAAACAUUGUAUUUUCUCAUUUGGGCAAUAGAUAUUCUAUUUGAUAAGAAGGUAAAGCUUUUAUACUCAU